GACUCAUUGGCUUUAGGACCCAGUGGAGGCAGGCGGCAGCAGCAGCGGCUCGGGCUCUCAGACUGAAGGCAGACAAAGGCGAGGAGAGAGACGGCGUGCUUCUUCCAUCCUGCUGCAGAGACUCACUCCCCCCCUUCCACGCUCACACACGCGCACACACACCCUUCACUCCUCCGCCGGCAGCAGCAGAGACGCAGACUCUUCAGAGCUGGUCACCACCACCACACAUUCGUCACAACCAUCACAACUUUCAGUCAUCAUGGAGCUAGAUUUUGGACAUUUUGACGAGCGAGACAAGGCAUCCCGCACCCCGCGGGGAGGGCGCCUGAAUGGACUCCCCAGCCCGACCCACAGCGCCCACUGCAGCUUUUACCGCACACGCACCCUGCAGGCCCUCAGCAAUGAGAAGAAAGCCAAAAAGGUGCGCUUCUACCGCAACGGAGACCGCUACUUCAAGGGCAUCGUGUACGCUGUGGCCGGCGACCGAUUUCGCACCUUUGACGCCCUCCUGGCUGACCUCACGCGCUCACUUUCCGACCACAUCAACUUGCCACAGGGCGUCCGCUUCAUCUUUACUAUUGAUGGCACCCUGAAGAUCGAAUCCUUGGAUGAGCUAGAGGAAGGGGAAAGCUACGUUUGUGCAUCAGAGAACUUGUUCAAGAAGGUCGACUACACAAAGAACGUCAACCCCAACUGGUCUGUGAAUGUAAAGGCCUCUGCGAGCCAGAAGAACAUGCAGUCCUUAGCCGCCAAGGCCGCGGGCGAGACCAGGGAGACCAAGGACUUUGUUCGCCCCAAGCUUGUGACGGUGAUGCGCAGUGGCGUGAAGCCGCGCAAGGCUGUGCGCAUUCUGCUCAACAAGAAAACGGCACACUCCUUCGAGCAGGUCCUCACCGACAUCACAGAGGCCAUAAAACUUGAAAGUGGGAUCGUGAAGAGGAUCUACACACUUGAUGGCAAGCAGGUGACCUGCCUUCAAGAUUUCUUCGGCGAUGACGAUGUCUUCAUUGCAUGUGGACCAGAGAAAUUCCGCUAUGCCCAGGACGACUUCUCUCUGGAUCAGAACGGUCCGGAGUGCAGGGUGAUGAAGACGCCCAAAGCUCAGCGUGGUUCAGUGAAGAGUCCUGCUCCAAUCAGGCGCAUCAAGUCUCCUGCUGAAUCAACCAACGGGACGGGCUCCAGCAGCCAGCUGUCCACCCCGAUUUCCAAGCAUUCCCCCACCUCCACCCCCACCAGUCCAGCCCUCAACAACAAGCAGAAGGAUCUCUACUUGCCCUUAUCUCUGGAUGACGAUGAUUCUCAGGGCGAAUCCAUGUAAACUCUCCCCCUGCAGCCCGCCUCCUGUUUUGGCCUGAAACACAGAAGUUUUUAUACGUCUGCUGCUUUCCACCGUCACUCACAGUGCCACCUGUUGUCUCGGAGAACCAUGUCUUUGUCUCUUUUUUAAGGCCUUAGCCGCCGGGGCUACGUCACAAUUUGCUGCUUGAGGGUCACACAAACCAAUUAAAUUUUUUUUUUUUGAUGAUUAACUUUUGACCACUUUGUAACAAUCAGCUCACUAAUGUUCCGACACGUUUCUAUCUGGAGGUUUCACUAUUUCUCAAACAGCUCACUCACCCACAGAUUUCCCGGUGUAAAGAUUUCACUUUGGUUUCAAACGUUUCAUUGAAGGAUGCACAGUCUUUAAGUUUUAUGUCACAUAAUCUCAAGCAGCAAAUUGAUAUAUUUAGGGGUGUGAAGUCAAAGCUGACUUUUGAAUCACUUGUAUUUGUGAUGUUUCUCAAUGUCCUCCUGCCCGAUACGCUUAAUAGUGUGAAAGGUAACAGAUCCGUGCGAGAGGAAGUCGUCUGCGAAGCCAGAGAUAGUCUGUAAAUGUGUAUAUAGCUACAUCCAUCAUAACAUCUCCGUCCAUUGCUCUGCUUCCAUAACGUCUCUACAGUGUCCGUCUUAACAUUAGCUCAACACAAUAACAGGGUAUGGUAAAAGAAGCAACCAAAAUGAAGUCGCUCCGCAGAGGGUGAGGAUGUGUGGGAUGCAGCUCCUGACUGAAGAGGAUUACUGGGCAGGAGCCCACGCCUCCUCGAUGGGGAUUCAUGUUCCCGACUGAACUUACACCAGAAAUUAUAAAACCAUAAUCUUGUAAAAUGAAGCUAUUUAAACCACCGUAAACACACGGAGGUCUGAAAAUCCAUAUUCUGGCUCAAAUUGGCGUUCCUCUUUGUCCAAUUGGAGACGAGGCUCACGUCGCCCUCACAGGAAUUCUUUAUGUUGGUGUUUCCUCUAUUUUGACCCUCUGUAGGCUGUUCAAGGUAUAUAUAUACCCUCUGUGUUUUAGAUUUUCACAAACUGCAGUGCAUGAUAUUGGUGAAUGAUCAUGAAAGUAAGGACCUAAAACAACCAAAGGAAAAACAGUUAGGCCCUUUUUAUAAAGUCAUUUUAUUCACCGAAGUCUAGAUAAUUCCCUUGUGGACCAGUUCACCACCAAUAUGAAGAUGUUUUAUCGAACAGUGUGUGAAAUUAAAGCUAAAUAUCCAUCUCAAAAGCCAAAGCAUGAUUUUUAGACAUGGAAUUGUAGAAAGGGGGGAAAUGAUGUAAGUUUUUAAAUAUUCUGGAGGUAGCACACCUGGAGAUUUAUGCAUGUUGCUUUUUAAUGCAUUAAAAAUCACAUCAAGAUUAAAUCAUGCUCAUCUGAGGCGCUUACUGUUGUCAGGGCGCUGAAUGUUAGUGGGGUUUCAUCCAAUGUGCAUGGCUCAACGUAGCACUCGGAAACAGGGGAGAGGAAAAACAUAACAUUUGUCUAAAUCCAUGUGUGGGUUUCAAAUUUAACAAAGUUUAUUAAUUUAUAUCUAGGGUACUAGUCCGGGAAUUUUUUAUUUCUAGGUUUAAGUUGCUCACAUGAGCUCUAAACUCUUUCUUCAAGCCUCUGUGUGCAACUCUCUUUAGUCUUUAGAUUUUUUUUUUUCUCUCUAGUUGCAGCGUGUGUCUUACAAAUCUACUGAAGAGUUUUCUCCGACUUUGCAGGGAAUCAAACCUGAGAAUCUCUAAAUUGGAAAAACAAAACACUGAAGCACAAAGCAGGGAGCUACUUAUUCAUCACAGACACUUUACUGUCUACUUGCCAGCAUUGCAAUGCGUGACCACAAUUAAUUUCUCAAUGUGUUGAAUUAAAAAAUGCUGCACAUGUGGCAUCCUUUAAAUUAACAUCUAUGCAUUCAGAUUAAAGAAUAGUUAAGACUUUUCUUUUUCAGUUCGUGUAGAGGAUGACUUUUUUUUUUAUAUACCUAAUAGAAUAAUGAGAAAUUAGCUGAAAUUGAAAUUUCCAUGCAGUUAUUCCAUUGUGAAUGUGUGUGUCUUAGGAGUGAUGUGGCGUCUGCCCUCUGGAUAAUCUUUGCUGUUUUGUUAUCACCCACUUAAUACUCAAGACAAAUUCUAACAAAAAAAAGAUCUGGUGCUGUGAGCUUCACCUUUCUCCUGCAGGGGGCACUGUCACACCAGCACAAACAGUUAAUAACAUCAGCCAAUCCGACAGCAGGGACACCUCACUUCACCCACCAUUUUGUACAAAAGCCCCAUUUGUCGUCAUUUUUCUCAAGCGCUCAGUUCUGUGUAACCUUCCAUGCUAAUAAUAAUGGUCUUUUUCUACAGCUUGUUACAGCGUAUUAAACAUAAACAGAAAAUGUUGGUUGUCUUGUGUAAACCGGCCGCCACCAUGUAAGAUGGAUGGUGUGAAUUCAUCACCUACAGUGGUGCCUUUUUGUUUUUUAAGGAUUACUGUCUUUUGAUAAUAAUAAAUGAAACGAGACAUCGAAGGCUUGUUCUUUGUCAACAGCUGUUUGUUAAACAUUUUAAAAUGUCUUGAAUGAGGAAGUCUCCCAGACGAGUCACAGGACACUUCUAUCUCGGUGUAAAUACGCUCCCUGUGCUCUUUCAUGUUUGCCUUCCUGAUCGACUGAAUGACUUCUUUUCUUGGAAACUUACAAUGUCCUUUUUUUAAGUGGUAUUUUGCAACGUCACAGUGGCUUGUUUCAGUGAUUCAUUCAAUGUUUUAACCGGUAUCCUUUUGCAAAAUUAAAACAGUUGUAUUUCA